AACGACAACAGCAACAGCAACUGCACAGUACCAGUAGCGACAGCGGCAGCGGCGCCUUUCCUUCGCGCCCCGGCCCUUUAAGUACGCCAUGUGAGCGCCUCGAAGACGACGCAAUAAUAUCAUCGCUAGGGAGAGUGAUAUGUUAACCGAAGACAAUGACCCGACCAAACCGGCAGGGGUUUUAGACAAUGCUGGCAACGUGUCUUCAUCAACCGAGGCCUCGAUACAGCACCCUCGCAGUGCAAACAAUGAAGCAGAGGUUAAGAAUGAAGUACAAGACUGUCCGGAGACUGACAGCGUACCAGGAGGCGAACUGUACAUUGACGAAAACGCCGAGGAAAAAGACCAAGAGUAUCCGGAUUCGAUGGAGAAGGCUGACUACGGAUCGCUUUAUGGCGCCAAUCCUUAUUACAAUAGCUUGUAUAGCUCACCAUCCUACGGAAGUACAACUGCCUCGAAGGGCUCGUCGUCUUUACAGAGUUCAUAUUUAAAUUCCUAUACAACGCCAAGUUCGAUGACACAGUAUUCUUCGUACGCUGGCUACAACAGUGGCUCGGCGACAUUUCCCGCUGUUGCACAGAACAUAUCCUCAGCAUCUCAGAAACUAGAUUAUACGGCCUAUAGUACCUCGCUGUAUGGAAAUGACAGGGUACCUUUACAGUAUUCCGGAUAUUAUCCAGUACCCGGUUACCACACAACGCCAACCUCGUUUAACAUUAGUAAUUUAAAUUUUGUAGAUUCGUCGAAGUCGGCGUUGACGUUAGACCCGACUUCUCACGAUACAAGUGAUCUAACUAUGCGGGAGACCGCGAACGUUGAAGGGACCAGUGCGAAGCCCUGCAGACGCGGACGCCGACAAAGCGGAAGCGGGAACAGUAUCGGCUCGGCAGACACAACCGAGGCCGGACCCGACCGGAUAUUCAUUUGGGACCUCGAGGAAACCAUAGUCGUGUUUCAGACGCUGCUUACAGGACAAUUUGCCACGACGUAUAACAAGGAUCCGACGAUACUCGCUCAACUUGCUUAUAGGAUGGAAGAAAUUAUAUUUUAUCUGGCGGAUACACACUUCUUUUUUAACGACAUCGAGGAUUGCGACCAGGCGCACAUCGACGACGUAUCGUCGGACGAUAACGGCCAGGACCUCUCCUCCUACAAUUUUGCCACGGAUGGCUUUCAUUGCGAGGCUGCAAAUAAUGGUCUCUGCUUACCCUCGGGGGUGCGUGGAGGCGUCGACUGGAUGCGAAAGCUGGCCUUCCGCUAUCGUAAGAUCAAGGAGACCUACUGCAACUACCGCAACAACGUCGGCGGCUUAUUAGGAGCGGCCAAGCGGGAGCACUGGCUCAGCCUCAGGGCCGAGAUCGAGCAGCAGACUGAGAAUUGGCUCACCGUGGCGAUAAAGUGCCUCAGCUUAAUAGGCAAGAGGAAUCAUUGCAUUAAUAUCCUCGUCACUUCUGAGCAGCUUAUACCGUCGCUCUCGAAAAUUCUGCUCUUUGGCCUUGGGGCGCUCUUCCCCAUAGAGAAUAUUUAUUCGGCAUCGAAAACUGGUAAAGAGAGUUGCUUUGGGAGGGUCAUUGCAAGAUUUGGGCGCAAAUGCACUUAUGUAGUUAUAGGCGAUGGUUCGGAUGAAGAAACCGCAGCACGAGCGCAUAAUUUUCCUUUUUGGAGAAUAAAGGGUCACUCGGAUAUGCAAGCGCUUUAUAACGCUCUUGAAAUGGACUUCCUUUAACAGUUGUAAUUUGACAAGUUUCGUU